AUGGCCUCGGAUUUCGGCUCGAUCGUAUUUACGCCUCCACUGGGCGGGACCGUGUUUAUGUCCGCUGGGAGCUCCUCUCUCAUCCUCACAGCGGCUAGCACACGGUCUGUAGAACUUUUCGUCCAGAUUGGCGACGACAUUUCACCACUGAAGAGGAUUGAAGAUGUGUUAGCCCUGGGCGAGCUCCAAGUCUACCAGGUGUCCUUGAAUGCAACUUCCUGCGGCGCUAGGGAGGUUUCCGUCUUCGAGCACGGGAAUGGCGGACGACAACACCUGGGCACAAUUUCCCUCGUGCGAUCUACAGUAUCCAAAGCGCCAGAACGGGAUUUCUGUACUAAGGUACACCUGGAUGAAAGGGAGGAUUUCAAAAGUCAACGACUUGAGUGGCUGGAUCAGGACCAGUGGGAAGGAUGGGCCUGGUAUCGCCCGCGCGACACUUGGAUCGAGGCAUCAUUCACUUCCUUGCGCGAGCUGUCUCCACAGGUCACGACUCACUCACUUUUACUGCGUCCCACAACCCCAGCCAACGACCCACAGUCGGUGUUUGCCGUGUUCCCUGCCUCAUCGAGUGAAGCAUUUGCCACUUUAAGCGCCGCUCGCGCUGAUGAACCCCCCGGGAUCUAUGCUCGGGUGAGACGUGUCAAGAAAGGCGGAAAUGUUGAUGUAUUUGUCACCGGAAAGAUUGGGCACAAACCAAACCCAGUCACGAUCAUUCGGGAAGCCAUCGAUCUGGCGCGCGACAAGUACGGUCUAUCAACCGCACCUUUCCAGACCGACACCGAUGGCAAAAACCCUUUUAACCGCCUUGGAUUCUGUACUUGGUCCAGCAUUGGGGAGAAUGUACCGCUUACCUAUGACUUGAUGAAAAACCUUGUGCGGUCACUGCGGCAAGACAAGGUUCCCAUCGGUACUUUCAUCAUUGAUGACGGUUGGCAAGAUAUCCGCACUGGUGGAAAUGGUGCAGACACCUCGCGUGGCCUCUGGACCUUUGGUACAUGGCCUGGAAUGGGCUGCAAUCUCUCAGAGGUUGUGGAAUUGGUCAAGGACACCCUGCCGACGGUACAAGAUGUGGGUGUAUGGAUGACGCUCUACGGAUACUGGAAUUCUGUCGCCCCCGACUCCCCUCUAGCAAAGAAAUACGAGAUGCGUACUUUUCGCCUAAAUCCAAACAACUUGCCGGGAAUUCCGCAGCCUCUCGGCGGAUUUGAUACCCACCAGACUUGUUCCAUCGCGGACCCCAAAUAUCGGGUGUACUGCCUUCCUCCUAAACACCGAGCGUACGACUUUUGGAAAGAUUACUUCUCAUCAUGCGCCACCGCUGGUGUAUCAUUUGUCAAGGUGGACAAUCAAGCCUACGGCAGCUUUCUGGAGGACGUUGAAGGAGGGGAGGAGUUCGUUGCCAUUUGGGACGGAAUGACCAAGGCGGCGAACGAGGUAUUCGGUGAAAACCGUGUCAUCCACUGCAUGGCACACUACGAACGGAUGUUCAACGGAGAUGUUGGUCUGGGAGCAGCGACUAAUGGGAAGAAGAUCGUGUUCAGAAACUCAGAUGAUUUUGGCCUUCCUCGUCCCAACGUUCACCGCGACCAUAUCCGGCAUAACAUCUACAACGCCCUUCUUACGAGCAAUUUAUGCAUAGUCCCAGAUGCGGAUAUGUUCAUGACCAAUGCUCAGUGGCCAGAGUACCAUGCCACACUGCGUGCCUUCUUCGACGGCCCAGUACUUGCGGCGGACAAACCAGGAUCAUACGAUCCCCACAUCCUCGAGAAACUUAUCGGCCUCUCUCCCGCUUCUGGGACACACGAAGUGAUCAAAACUGAGAAUGCGAUUAGACCGCUGCGUCGGAAUGUUUGGGAACGAUUUUUGGAUACGGGAGUCGGUCCUGCGCUGAAGGGAUCUUCCUACAUCCCCAGCUGCCAUUCUGCGAACAUUGUGCUCUGGAACUGCCGCGCGGAAGCUCAGGAUGACGCUGUUGAUAUCAUCUACUCGGAAGAUAUACUCGACGCCUUAGACCUGCCCGCUGGGUCCAAAAACAUCGACAUGGCAUUUUGGGCUUCCGAUGCUGCAAAAGCCAGUUUGUUGACUGUGGACGCUUCUACCAGUGAGAACAAAUUGCAGCCUGUGCUAGCAAUCCGCCUACCCCCGAAGGCCGUGGAGAUCCUUAGCAUUGCCCCAUUUCAUGCUGUCGGAGAGGGUGCGAUAGCUUGCCUUGGCCUGAUCGACAAGUACGCCGGACUGGUUGUCAUUGCAAAUUUGGAAGCUUUAGGCACCCAACUUUCUGUAAAGAUUCGCUAUCAAGGAACUCUCGGGUUUUUGAUAUCCGAAAGUGGAAACGUGGAAAAAGACCUUCGAGUUUCCCUGGACGGAAAAGAAUUCCCUUUCACUACGGCACGCCAGUCAGAGGAGUUGUACCUUGUACUGGUAAAUCUGAACACAGGGAGAUGUUCUCUUGGUAGAGAUUACUACACUGUUGAGAUUGGUUUCUCGUGA